AUUCUUAUAGCCAUCAUGGGGAAUCACGAAUGAGGGAUAACGCUUCCGUGUUUGUAAAUGCAGUAAAUCUGUCAGUGAGACAACACUUGUUCUCAGACAUUUUUUCCUUAUUCAUACAAUUGUCUGUUUUGGUAAAUGCAGCAAUGGCGUUUAGAAACGAUCUGCUUGGCAAGACAAGAAAACUUGUCAAAGGUUUCGCCAUAACCAAACCCAUCUGGCUUAAAGCAAUGGAAGAGGUACCUCCUGUAGUUUUUCCUCGUCCUGCAGGGAAAGCACCAAGAAUUGUACUUCCCGAAGAUAAAUAUAUCAGAAAAUUUUAUAGCAAGCAUCCAGGUUCUCUGACAGAAGAAGCUUUCUGGUUCAAUGGGUAUGAUCCACCUCCUGCACGUGUAUUUGCUUGGCGUGUAUUGGAAUUAAUGAAUGAUGGAGUUAUUGAAGAAGAGGCAACCGCCAUUGCAGAUAUGGAAUAUAAAGCUGACAAGCAAGCAAAACGUCAGGCGUAUGUCAGGCUGAAGGAAAUUGCUCGGCUUGAAGGAAAGAAACCCCCUCCAAACCCGUAUCCAAGUGCAAUUAAGGAGAUUCAAGCUGAGGAAAAGAAAUACAUACACGAACGCUUUAACAGCCCAGAUAUUUUGAAUCUUGUGGACAAGAUGAAACAACAAAUGCAAGCGAAUAUGGAGCAAAGAGAGAAAAUGAGAAGAAGAUAAUCUAAGUGCAUAAAUUUGUUUGUUAUUGCACUGAUGUUUAGUGUAACUUGGUUUACUUGUUCCUAGGAGUCUUAAAGUCUGACCAAUUUUGUCAAAUUUGGUUACGUAGCUUUCGUGAUUUUUGUGAUGAUGAUUGUGAUCCAAACGAUCAUUAUAAAUCAGUCAGACGUUGUCAAGGCUUAGAUUCUUGACAGGGGCAUGAAUAAAAAAUGGAGUAUUGCAUUAGAUAGAAAAAUAACAAAUUGUUGAGGAUAACAAAUAACUACUAUGAUUGUUCCUUCAGUGCAUUUUUUUUUUAUUAUUACAUUAAUGCUCUAGUGUAACUUGGUGUGCUUGUUCCAAGGAGACCUAGGAGUCGGAUCAUUUUUGUCAA